GCGAAAAAUGGCGCCGACGUGAGCGCGAGCCUGCGGCCACCGAAGGAGUCACCGCAGCCUUAGCUGGAGCCGCCGGAGCCGCGGGAACAAGAGGCAGAACCAGGCCGAGGAUGGAGGAGGAAACCUCGGGUCCCAGCCCAGACAUGCCUGGCACUGCAGAGCCCAGCUCCAGUGAGACCGACAAGGAGGUGUCCCCAGCUGUGGCUGCUGUAGCCACCUCCUCUUCCAUGGGGGAGGAGCCAGGCUCUGACCAGGCAGCCACACCCCCAGUGUGGGAACGUGGAGGGCUUGGAGGGACCCAGCAGGGUGCCUCCCCAGCCCCAGACAGUGGCCAUGCUGGCCCUGGACCCGGCCUUGGCCUGACCAGCACUGUCUCCGGAACCAGUGAGGACCUGCGGCCUCCCAGACGACGCCCACCACCAGGGAAGCAGAUACCCUGCUCCAGCCCUGGCUGCUGCCUCAGUUUCCCCAGCGUUCGAGACCUGGCACAGCAUCUGCGUACCCACUGCCCACCCACACAGUCCCUGGAAGGCAAGCUCUUCCGCUGUUCCGCCCUGAGCUGCACCGAGACUUUCCCCAACAUGCAGGAACUGGUGGCACACGGCAGGCUGCACUACAAACCCAAUCGCUACUUCAAGUGUGAGAACUGCCUCCUGCGCUUUCGCACGCACCGCUCCCUCUUCAAGCACCUGCAUGUUUGCGCCGAGCAUGCGCAGAGCCCAGCCCCGCCGCCACCCCCCGCCCUCGACAAGGAGCCACCAGCGCCCGAGCGCCCCACGGAGUCCGACCCUCCGUCGGCGCCUGGGCUACAGUUCCCGCUGCUGGAGCCGUUCACGACCCCUGCCCCUGCCCCCACCGGGCCCUUCCUGCCAUACUUGAACCCCGCGCCCUUUGGCCUAAGUCCCCCACGCCCGCGCCCCUUUCUGGCCGCCGCUCCCGGGCCGCCUGCCUCCAGCGCCGCAGUCUGGAAAAAGAGCCAAGGUGCCGGCGGCAGCCCGCGAAGACCCCAGGGCGGCUCCGAUACGCCCUCAGGGCACGCGGCCCCGAGCCGCAUCGUGUGGGAGCACACGCGCGGCCGCUACUCGUGCAUGCAGUGCGCCUUCUCCACGGCCUCGCGGCCCGCCAUGACCCUACACCUGGAGGACCACCGCCCCAUCGCCCCCGCGGCGCCGGCGCCCGGGCAGCCGCGCCCCGACGCGCCGGCGGACCCCGCCCCGCUGGCACCCAAGGUGUCGCCGCUGCUGUCAGAGGGGGAGUGUCCGGUUUUCUCGCUGCUGUGAACCACGCCGCGUUGCGGGUGGGCUGUGGGUAGUUUUGUAAUUUUAGGGGGGCCUGCGAUGGACGGGGUGGCGGGACAAUAAAAGAGGCAG